AUGACAAACGGAUCAAUGAGAAAUUAUGAGGAAUAUUUCACACCACCAACACCACAAUCAAUACCAAGACCUCUUGUAAUUGACGGUUGCAAUAUUGGAAGGAGUGCUUCAGGCUUCUCGAGAACCCACGUGGAUUGCGCUGGUCUCGUCGCGGUUGUCCGUUGGCUAGUCAACAAGAAGUUCGACGUGACUGUAUUCUUGCCAGUCGUUUAUAACAAUGCCAACAAUUAUAAUGCAAGAAACGCGGAGUUGUUGCACAAGCUUGAAAACCUCGGAAUUGUCACAUUCACCCCGGCGAGAAGCGGGCGUGGAAUGAGAAAAGCUUUCAUCAAUUAUGAUGAUUUGUAUGUGGUUUCUUAUGCGGCUAGACAUGGCGGUUGCAUAUUGAGUGGCGACAAAUUCAAGGAUAUCCUUCAUCAAUCGUGUUAUAGCGAUUUCCAUGAAGUCAUUCGGAAUCGAACGAUUGAUAUCAAAUUUCGACCGCUUAGUUUGGACUUUGUACGGACGAGCACCAAUAUGUUCUACAGGCACGCUCCAGAAUUGUUCAUUUAUGAGAAUUCGAAUGUGAGAUACCGCGCGAUUCAGCGUCGUCUUUACGUGGAGCCGCAAGAUGAGGAUUUCCAUUUGGUUCGAGCGCACGCUCGUCUCACCUCACCCGAACAACGCGAAUUUUUGUGCUCUCAAUUGGAUUCCCUCCUCGUUUCGAUGAGUUUUUCCGCUGGAAAAGAGUUUCGCGAUGUUGAUGAGUUGCCGUAUACGGAUUCGCUUUCAUCUGUUGAAAUGAAAAUUGAAGAUAUUGUUUCUCCAAGUCUCGCAAAGAAAUUUUAUGAAAAAUAUUCGAAUUACGAGCAAAAAGUGGAUGCCUUAAAUCCUUACGUAAUGCAGCCAACAAUUGAUGUUGCGGAUCGUAUCGAGCCACGGCGUGCCAGCUCGCCCGAAAAAACAUGUGCUCUAAUCAAUCUGUCGAGCGACUCGAGCUCGGAGUCUUUAAGGAGUCGACCGAUCACUGAACACAUCGCACCGCAUCCAGAUCUCACCGAGAUCCAAUUGAAACCGCCGCUUCCCGAAAAUCUAUCGAGCCACGCGCUUCUCGAAUGGUUCAACAAGGCCGGCGAACUCAAGAUUUGA